AUGACGAACGGAUAUUCUAUGGAUCGAUGCUCUAUUAUUGGAGAAAACAACAGCAUAACAUUAUUUUAUUCAUUCAGACAGAUAUAUUGUAUACGUAGCAAACGAUUAAUCAUUCUGGCAUCUUCGCAAAAACAAAAUAUGGUGACUGUGAUAGAAAACAAAGAUGAAUUAAUAACACCUGUUAGUAACGGUGUUCCGAAUCAUUCGAACGAUAUGGAACGACCAUCGUAUUACAUCAAAGAUUAUCAAGAAGUGGAUUUUCAUCGAUCUCCUUCGUGUAAACCCUUACCGGAAAGUUUAUCUGGAACAAAUCAAAAUGAAAAUACGAAAUCUUCCAUUGAAGGCACAUUUUUUGUGCAAGCCGACGCAAUUGAAUCUGGAAUUCAAUUCAAUACUCAUAAUCAUUCAGAAGAACAAACGAACAACGACAGUUCUUUACUUUUAACACUAACCGACGGUUGUAUUACGGUUAGAGGUCUCACAAUCGAUCAAAUUCCUGAUUUAAAUUUGCAUACAAAACCCGGUUGUAAAUUACUCUUAACUGGCGUCAUCUCAAUUAAAGAUGGUUUGCUACAAUUAACCAACGAUAAUACACGUUUUAAACAUGGUAGUAAUACAUAUCCUCGACCACGAUCUGCCUAUCGAGGUCGCGGAGGUGGAUCUUAUCGACCAUCAUACGAAGGACGACGUGGUGGGAAUAACAAUCCACGUUAUGAUACUGAAGAUAAUGAAUCGAACUUCGUUAAACGACCACCACCAAAAACUACUCUAAUGGAUUUUAUGCCAUCAUGGAAAAAUUCUAAUGAGACGAAAGCGACCAACGAUAAUGAAAAUCAAAAAGUCAAAGAACGCAGUGAGAAUAAACGUCGAAAUCCAUCAGAGCAGCACCAUAAAGCGAACAAUGGUAUUCACGCAACAAAUUCGAAUUAUUAUUUUCAGAACAAUAAUCAUGCGGAGCAAAUUACUUUUCAACAAGAUGGUCCUCAUGGACCAAUAGAUCCGGAAGACGACCCAUCGCAUGCGAAUUAUCGAGAAAGAAGAAAUCCUCUUCCACCCAGACUUCAACGUGCUCAAGAGGAACGUACUCGUCGAAAUACUAUUCGCUAUUACGAUGAAACUAUGUUAUUGACUAGCGGUGAAGUAAAUGGUACGUAUCCAAAUGGUGCAGUCAAUAACCAUUCAUUGUCUUCCUCAUCAUCAUUCUCACGACUGGCUGAUCAGUCGGUAUAUAUGUCUAACGGACAACAGCAUCCAUCGACUUUGAGUUUUGUUCCACAUGGAAAUAUCUUGGCGACUGUGAAUGGUUCAACCCAACCACAUCUCGCUUAUUUUCAAACGAGUUCGGGGCCUGUACCGUAUAAUCUUACUGCUAUUCCAAGUCCACCUUUUCCGAAUCAACCACCAUCACUUGCCUCAUCAUAUUCAACGAGCGAUCCAUUAGCAUAUUGUUACGCAGCUUCGUAUGUCGCUCCUGCGUAUCUUCCAGUCACUGUUUCGAAUGGUUUCACUGAUGAAUCGAAAACAUAUGCGAAUCCAUCUGACUCACAAACUAAAUCAUUUGUUGAUGAAAAUGAAACUAAACCAGCAACAAAUGAAUCGCAACAAACUGAUAAAACAACGACUAAUGAGACGGAUAACAAAUCUCAAUCCUUGGCAAUCGAACAAAAAGCUGCUUCAUCGUCAUUAGCAUCUUCGUCAUCUGCAUCCACUGCAUCAUCCAAUGAUGGAAAUCAUACUUCUCAACAAGCGAAUACCGAACAAAACGAAGAGAAACGUCGAGAGGCGCACCCGAACCCUCGACCGCGUUGGAGAGUGGGUGAUAUGUGUUUAGCUCGUUGGAGUGAAGAUCGAGAAUUUUAUGCUGCUACAAUUCUUCAAAUUCAACCUCCAUAUUGUACUGUUAUAUUUCGUGAUUAUAACACCUACGAUCAAGUGCAUUUUGGUGAUUUGAAAAUCAUACCAAGUGAUCAACAAUGUUAUCAAAUGAUUCCACCAUUGCCAGGACCACCGUCCGAUCUAAAUCCCCUAGCUGCUAAUGCAUAUUUUCCUCCACGAACGACUUAUUAUCCUACAACCAUUGAUGGAUGUGUUAUUAUGCCUGAAGCUCCACCAUUCCCAUUUAACUCGGAUGGUACAUUCUGCAUAUGUCCACAGACACUCUCAUCUAUGUCUCGCUCCACUCGUUAUCACCCUCAAGAUUACUUCUCAAUUCCGCAAUUGCAUCGACGUCAGGAAAAUGGAACUUCCAAUACCGAUACAACUGUUAAUUCGACAUCACCACCAAGUAAAGAUUCCAAUGAUACAAGCAUGAUCGAUUCAACUACUGUAUCCGUUGAUGACAAUCAACAAAAAGAUGUCAUAUCCACAACGACAGAUCAACUCCGUUUGUGUUCGAUUGCCGAUGCACCUUUGAAACUAGUCACAACUGAUGAAGAUCGAGAACGUAGUACAAGUACAGAAAGUAUGUCAAGUAGCCGAUACGACGAACAACAAUCAAUCAAUGAGGAAGACAAAUCAGACAGAAACUCCGUCAUUAACGAUAGUUAA